AUGGUCGUCCUCAUCAUGAUAAAGACCGUCGUCAAUGUAUUUUUGUUUGACGAAACCUUUGGUGCAACAUUUUUGGAUGAAUUCAUAGCGUUUGCCAUCGAGAUUGGCCAAGUGUCUGUAAUCAUUCUUGCAGUACAUCCAAGAAGUGCCAACAUCAGCAACAACACCUCUACAUCUUCACAAACAAGCAAGAAAUCAAAAAGAUCAGCAACACCAACAUCUUCAUCAAGUGAAGAUAAUAAAUCACCAAAAACAACAUCAUCACAAUUAGGAGGAGGAGGAUCAAAAAAUCAACAAGUAGUCGUAGAAAUGGAAAAUCUUGUUUGUCCCGAAAAUCAAGUAGUAGUUGCAGUAGAACCUUAA